AAUGACUUGACUAAAAGCGCGACAAGUUCACACAUUUUCACUCAGGAAAGUUCUCUUCCCACACUUGCCAAUAUAAAUGUGAAAACCCAUUUUGAGCAAGUUCAAGGCCAUUCUUUCAGUUUAUAUCCGUGGUUUGCUGAACGACAGAUAUACUGAUGAUUCUAUACGAUGGACCCUCAUAACAUAUACAUUGUCAUUGUUAUUGGUUUGCUUCAAAUAUCAGGCUGUACUAGCAACAAGCGACUUCCUUCAAGAUCCUUUAGGGUGUCGUACACUCCUUCGGUUAGGAGAUUUCGUAGUUUCGAAACUUCAAUAAAACUGACAUUUCGGUUUGGUAAAGAACAGAGCCAGCACAACAUUUCAAAUCAAGUUAUUAAACUGAGGCUUUUGAACAGAAAUAAGCUGGUAAAGACUAUCAAUAAGAGUUCGCGUGAAAAUCAAACACAAUUGGAAAUCUCGUGUGAGAUAUUUUCCAAGCCAGGUCGAUACUUUAUUGAAUACUUUAUACAAGGUAUUACAAAGAAAUUCAGGUUGUUGACAUCAAAACCAUUCAUCGUCCGAAGCGAAAAAGUUCAUAUUGAAGUAAAGAAGAACCACACGGCAUUUGGUGGCUCGUUAUCAGCAUGGUUGAACAGCAAACAAGGACGUUGCAAACCCUUUAGAGGAAACUUAAAAUUGUUUUGGAUAAAGAGCAGUAAUGAGCAUGUUUUAGUCGCCACAAAGAAAAUCAAGAAAGAGAAACUUGAAAGCAGAUCACGAGUGCAAUUUCGCUGUGAUAUGUUUGACACACCUGGAAUAUUUUACUUGGUAUAUAUUUCAGAGUACACCAACAAAACAAUAGCGAGAAGUCAUAACAUAAGCGUCAUCUGGGGAAAGUAUGAGAUUACAGCUCAAUCAAAAAGUAUAUUCCCUUGCUCUAAUUCCUUUGUGAUCAAAUUUUCUUCACCUGGUUAUUGCGACAGAACCGAAGACAAGAUUGAAAUGAGAUCCAAGGUUUAUAAUAACGUCAUUGACUCUCAAAGAGCUUUCCAUGGUUUCAGAUCCGCAUUUUUCUCAUGUGCAAUAUUUAAAAAGCAAAUUCGUGAUUAUUGCUUUUACUACACCACAAAGUCUUCUUUGACCAAUGAAAGAAAGGUCCAAGCAACUCUGUGCGUGCCUUCAAAAAAACGAACGGGACCUCAAUGGACUGAGUGGUCGAAAUGGUCAGCUUGGAGUUCUUGUACUGCGUUUGGUGGCUGUGGCAAAGGAAAGAAAUACAGACUGAGAUAUUGUCCUUUAGAAAGUUAUCGCUUUCAAAAAUCAGACGAUACCUCACUUUGCGCCGGAAAGGGCAUAGAGUCAAAGUCAUGUUCGCUGUCGCCAUGUGAAGAGUGCAAAUCAUGUGGCUGCGUGUUCUCUAUGCCUGCUGGUACUAUCAUAUCCCCGAAGUCUCGUGUGUCUUUCAUAACUAAAGAACGGUCAAAUUGUCACUGGUUCAUUGAGAUAGCGAAACAAAAGACAAUAAAAAUAUGGUUUGAUUCCUUAAACCUUGAAAAAAACGCAUCAGUGGUGAUAAGAGAUGGAAAUAGUUCUAACUCGGAAAUAUUGAAGAGAAUAACACAUCAAAGUCAAACUCAAGUUGACGAUAUUUACAGUACAUCUAACAUAGUUUCAAUAUGGUAUGAGAAUAAUGGCACUAAUGGAAAUUUCCAGCUGCAAAACAGUUUUGGUUUCCAGCUUUCAUAUUCUAGCGUCGACGGAUCAAAAACUCCUGUCUCUGCAUCAUCAACAAGGUCUCAGUUAAGAUCAAGGCGACUUGCCAAAAUGACAUUUAUUGGUAUUCUCGUAAUUUUGAUUGUUAUAACAUUUUCCAUUGUUGCAAUCAUUAUUAUAAGAAUAAGACGUCAAAGGUUACAUGAAAAUGCAACAAAGACAACUUUAAGUCAACAUCCAUCUUCUCACACCAGCCAUCGACCAUCUUCGUCUCGUACGAGCACAGCCUGUAUGUCAGAGUCAACCAACAGAUCAUUUUAUGAGCAUCCAUUUUCUGCUGAUGAAAGUGUAAAUAACAACCCAAAUGUUCCCGGAGUGAGUUCUAAUCACCGAGCGGGGAUGUUAACACGUAUGGAACAAAGGACACCGGUGCAUGUCUGUCCAAAAUGUUGUUCAUAUGCUGAACAGCACUUUUGUGAAUGUUGCCAUGCAGAUAGCAGAAGGAUUUUGAGCACCCACCAUGGGUCAAAUGUAGAAAAUAGACCUGGCGUUUGUCGCUCUCAACGUGUACAUUCAAUAAUUGAACGACGAGUUAGCCUUAGUGGGGCAAGUAACGUCUCACAAGAUUUUCCAGAAAGAAAUUAUCCAUCAUAUUUAUAAAAUAGUAUAUGUGAAAGUAGAUUAAUUUAUUUUAGUGGAUUUUAUAUUUAGCUAAUGAAUUGUGAGGAUAUAUAUAUUAUCGAAUGAAAGCCCAUAGAAUAAAAUAAAAAUUAUAAAAGACUGUUUCCAAUAUGUAUUAAAAUUAACAUUACCAUUAACAUUAUUGUGAAUACAAAUCAAGUGCCUUAUUCAUACUAAAUUGUCGUAUAUGUAAAUAUAUAUUUCAUUCUUUCCUGUUAUAUACAGCCUAGUCAUAGAUUUUUUUUUAACGAAACAUCGAUAGAUUAUAAAACAUUCCUCAAUAGCAAAUUAAACGUUUUUAAGUAUAGUCUGACGAUUAAAAUUUUUAAAAUAUUAAAUAACCUCCAAUGACUUUAUAAUAAGCCCUCCUAUAACUGCAUGCGUUCAUGUCAAAAAAAUCUAUGUCAGAAAAAUUAAAACCAGGCACAUUAUUACGGACGGGGCCUAAUUAAGAGGGGGGCUUAUUUAGUUGUGCGUAAAAUCUCUUGCAAAA